GGCCGCCUGCCAGGUGGGAAAGCGGGGCUGCUACCAUGAGGUUAAAUCAGAACAUCUUGCUGCUGGGAAAGAAGGUGGUGCUGGUACCCUACACCCCAGAGCAUGUGCCUAGGUACCACGAGUGGAUGAAAUCAGAGGAGCUGCGGCGUUUGACAGCCUCCGAGCCGCUGACCCUGGAGCAGGAGUAUGUGAUGCAGCGCAGCUGGCAGGAAGAUGCAGACAAGUGUACCUUCAUCGUGCUGGAUGCAGAGAAGUGGCAGGCCCAGCUAGGCACCAGCGAAGAAAGCUGCAUGGCGGGAGAUGUGAACCUCUUCCUCACGGAUCUAGGGGACCCCACCUUGGGGGAGAUUGAGGUCAUGAUUGCAGAGCCCAGCUGCAGGGGCCAGGGCUUGGGCACCGAGGCCGUCCUCAUGAUGAUGUCUUAUGGAGUGACCAAGCUAGGUCUGACCAAGUUUGAGGCUAAAAUUGGGCAAGGAAAUGAACCGAGCAUCCGGAUGUUCCGAAAGCUUCACUUUGAGCAGGUGGCUGUGAGCAGUGUCUUCCAGGAGGUGACGCUCAGACUGACGAUGAGUGAGCCGGAGCGGCAGUGGCUUCUCGAGCAGACCAGCCACGUGGAAGAGAAGCCCUACAGAGCUGGGGCGUCGGAGCCCUGCUGACAGCCGGCCUUGUGGACCAGCCACCCUGUGUGGAUAGGGGUGUGAGACCAGAGCCCUGCAGCAGGCACACAGAGGGGGCCUAUGGGGCAGACUGCUCUGGCCUUGCUGCAGCCUGGGACUCUCCUCUUGGGGCCCUUCAGACUCCGGGCUGGACUUGCCUUGGCCUCCCUCUGGCUGGCCUUGUGGCUGAGCCACUCCAGGGCCAGCCCCUCCUCCUGGCCAAAGCUGGGCUCAGACUCUUGGAAUCUGGAGUGGACGGCAUGAAUCCACGGGAAGAAGCAGGGUGGAGGUGGAGACGAGGGGGCGCCUGGUGAAUGGGCAGGACCUCUCUUUCCCCCGGAGGGCCAGAGGGGCCACCGAGGCUCUGGCCGGGAGUAAAGCGCACUGCACGCA